GAUUCACAAGAUCCUGUCUUAAUCACUAAAUGGUCGCCCAUUCCUGAAAUUCGUGAAAGGGCAAUACGUUUGUGCUGGAGUGUUCCGCUGUUCAUCAUUUUUAACAAGUUAUAUCCGUUAGAUGUAAGCGUGUUUUCUAGGGAUUCGUGUCGCAUUCUUUAUAUAUCUUCAUUCAAUUUUAGCGCAUGGGCGGUAGCAGAAAGUAUGUGCGUUACCCUUGGACUCGGCAUCUACCCCGCUGAGUCAAAUCCACGCACUGUGGUUGGUCCUACCGAUUUGGAAAAGUAUAAGGCGUUGAAAGGUAGAUCAGACAUUACGUACAACUCCGAAGCCAUUGUUAAUCUGAACAUACCCGAGAUUGAGAUGAGUGAUGGGUUCCGAAGCGGCAUACGGUCAUGGAACAAAUCAGUCCAAAGUUGGCUAGCUCUGUAUGUUUACUCGAGAGCAAAUCGGGUUUACAGAGCCGAACUCACAAUGUUUGUAUCAGCUCUGUGGCAUGGAACCUAUGCCGGUUAUUUUAUGUCAUUUCUCAUCGUACCCAUGUGCUGCUCCGUAGAAGACAUCAUUUUCAAGUAUAUACCAGAAGAUCCUGUGACUAAGAAAAGGCCAGCUUGGUUUAGAUAUCUUUAUCUCUUCACUUUGCGAUGUCGCGGUUUCGACAUGUUAGCUACCGGCUUUUUGCUCAAA